AUGAAGACGACGAUAAUGAUGAUGAUCAUGAUACCUAUUACGAAUGAUUAUGUCUAUGAUGAUGAUGUCCAUACCUAUUAUGAUGAUUCUGAUGACGACCAUGACUGUUAUGAUGAUUCUGAUAAUGACGAAGCCUAUAAUGAUGAUUACGAUGAUGACGAUGACUAUUAUGAUGAUUCCGAUGAUGGCGAUGACUAUUAUGAUGAUUCCGAUGAUGACGAUGACUAUUAUGAUGAUUCUGAUAAUGACGAAGCCUAUUAUGAUGAUUCUCAUUAUUACCAUGACUAUUAUGAUGAUGACGAUGAUGACGAAGCAUAUUAUGAUGAUUUUGAUAAUGGCGAUGCCUAUUAUGAUGAUUCUGAUGAUGACGAUGAUUAUUAUGAUGACGAUGAUGUUAGUAUCGUCUAUGGCUUUCUGAAUAGCUUGGAUACCUUCGUCAAUGGGGAUAUUGGGGUAGAGGCUGAUGACAUCAAGGGCUAA